AUGAAGAAUAAGGAAGGCUGGGACGGCAAAAUGCGCGUCGAGCCAAAAGCAGUGAUCACCAACCCGGAAGCUCUAGAGGACUCGGAUUACUCCGACCCGGAGGCACCGCCCGUGGAGGAAAUCGAUGCGGACGAGGAUCUACUGGCAGAUGAGGAUGUGGAUACAGAGGAAAUCGAUCUCGUGCAUUGUCGCAUAUCUUCGCUUUCGGCGUUACAUCUUGAACGAUUUGAGAAGCUUCGGAGAUUAUGUCUUCGACAAAAUCAAAUACAGCGCAUUAAUUUCCCUUCGAACGUUGCCCAAUCCAUGAAAGAACUCGACCUCUAUGACAACCUUAUCUCGCAUAUCAAGGGUCUGGAUGAAUUCAGUGACCUGGCCAGCUUGGAUCUGAGCUUCAACAAGAUCAAGCACAUCAAGAACGUCUCGCAUCUGGUCCACUUGACGGAUAUCUAUUUUGUACAGAACAAGAUCUCUACAAUCGAGGGGUUGGAAGGGUUGCUCAAGUUGCGCAAUCUCGAGCUUGGAGCGAAUCGAAUUAGGGAAAUCGAAAACCUGGAUCAUCUCGCCGCAUUGGAAGAGCUAUGGCUCGGAAAGAACAAAAUCGUCGAGAUGAAGAACCUCGACGCCCUUCAAAAUCUCCGCAUCAUUUCUAUCCAAUCUAACCGCCUAACCAACAUCACCGGAGUCUCCAACCUCCCCAAUCUCGAAGAACUCUACCUCUCCCACAACGCAAUCACCGAUCUAACCGGACUGGAAAACAACACCGCACUGCGCGUCCUAGACUUCUCCAACAACCAGGUCUCCCAUUUAGAACAUCUCUCCUCUUUAAAGAACCUGGAGGAGCUCUGGGCCUCGAACAACCAGCUCUCCAGCUUCGAUGAGGUGGAGCGCGAACUGAAGGACAAGGAGAACUUGCAGACGGUUUACUUCGAGGGAAAUCCCUUACAGAUGAAUGGUCCUGCUGUCUACCGGAAUAAGGUGAAGCUGGCACUUCCGCAGAUUGUGCAGAUUGACGCAACUUACUUGCGGGUCUGA